UCUCCAUCAGCCGCAGUUUCCGGAAGUAGUUGGGGUGUAUGUUAUUUUUGCGGUCGGUGGAAGAUGUUGGCAUUUAUGUUGGCUCCUGCGCGAGUUUUUUGCUGGCAACUUAAAUGACUUAUUUUUCCUUAGACACACUGUCUUCCCCCUCAGGGGCUCAUAUCGUUAUUUUCCAUGACAGAUCUUAACGACAAUAUUUGCAAAAAAUAUAUAAAGAUGAUAACUAAUAUAGUUAUAUUGAGCCUGAUCAUUUGCAUUUCUUUAGCUUUCUGGAUUAUGUCUAUGACUGCAAGCACCUAUUAUGGUAAUUUACAGCCUAUUUCUCCUUGGCGUUGGCUGUUUUCUGUUGUUGUUCCUGUUUUGAUCGUCUCUAAUGGCUUUAAAAAGAAAAGUCUAGACCACAGUGGGGCUUUAGGAGGGCUUGUGGUUGGAUUUAUCCUAACCAUUGCAAAUUUCAGCUUUUUUACCUCUUUGCUGAUGUUUUUCCUUUCUUCUUCAAAACUCACUCAAUGGAAGGGAGAAAUAAAGAAGCGUCUAGAUUCAGAAUACAAAGAAGGCGGGCAGAGGAAUUGGGUUCAGGUGUUCUGUAAUGGAGCUGUGCCCACAGAGCUGGCCCUGUUGUACAUGAUAGAAAAUGGCCCCGGCGAAAUCCCAGUAGAUUUUUCCAAGCAGUACACUGCUUCCUGGAUGUGUUUGUCUCUCCUGGCUGCACUGGCCUGCUCUGCUGGAGACACGUGGGCUUCAGAAGUUGGCCCCGUUCUGAGUAAAAGCCCGCCAAGGCUAAUAACAACCUGGGAAAAAGUUCCAGUUGGGACCAAUGGGGGGGUCACAAUGGUGGGCCUUGCCUCCAGUCUACUUGGUGGUACCUUUGUGGGCAUCACGUACUUCCUCACACAGUUGGUUUUUGUUAAUGAUUUAGACAUUUCUGCUCCCCAGUGGCCAAUUAUUGCAUUUGGGGGUCUGGCUGGAUUACUGGGAUCGGUUGUAGACUCUUAUUUAGGAGCUACAAUGCAAUUUACUGGUUUAGAUGAAAGAACUGGCAUGGUGGUCAACAGCCCGGCGAAUGAGGUGAAGCACAUAGCAGGAGAACCGAUUCUUGAUAACAACGCAGUGAAUCUGUUUUCUUCUGCCCUCAUUGCCCUCUUACUUCCAACUGCUGCUUGGGGUUUUUGGCCCAGGGAGUGAACUUUUUUCAUUUACAAAGGUUGAAACUGCAGUAAAUUUAGCUAAUUUUGCAAUUCCAAAUUUCAUCCUAAGAAGAAUCAUUGUAAUUGGCAAAGAGGAAAUACCGGCUCUUUCCAUAUUCAUUGUAAUGAAAUUCCACAUUGUUCCUCUCACUAAAUCCCUUGUAACAGCUAACGUCUUUGUAGUGAAAGAUAAGUGUACUUAGAAUUUAUCGUAUUUUUCUUCUGCUGAAUAGAGCUUCGUGAGCAAUGAAGCUAUACUAUCCCUAAAUAUUGCUGUAUGUUGGACUAAAAGU